GAACACGAAAAACAAGGUUUUGGAACACAUAGCGUUGUAUAGAAUUGUAAGCAAGAAAGAAGGCAUGAUAUAAUUGAAAUCGUAAUUUUGUUUAUAGCGUAGAUAUAACAUUUGACAGCAUUAUGAAGCUGGUAAGAUUUUUGAUGAAGCUCAGUCAUGAGACUGUGACAAUAGAAUUGAAAAAUGGUACUCAGGUACACGGAACUAUUACCGGAGUUGACGUAGCAAUGAACACACAUUUAAAGACUGUAAAGAUGACUAUAAAGAAUAGGGACCCAGUACAACUAGAUACAUUAAGUUUACGUGGCAAUAAUAUAAGAUAUUAUAUAUUGCCAGAUUCAUUACCGCUUGAAACUUUACUUAUAGAUGAUACACCAAAAGCAAAAGCUAAGAAAAAGGAGGCUGCACGAGGGGCAGUGCGCGGUCGAGGACGAGGUGGACGUGGUACCAGAGGUGGUCGAGGUGGACGAGGUAGAGGAAGAGGUAGACGAUAAUCGUACAUAUUAUUUAAAUAAAAAAAUUCCAAUCAAACUUUUGCUUAUUAAAAAAAAAAAA